AUGGAUGUGUCGCUAUUGCUGUCGCCAAGCUCUGCAUCAAAGGAACAAAUGGGAUAUCCCUUUUUCGAAGUGGAAGGCGGCUCUGAGCUCGAAUUCAUUUAUCAAACAAUCUACGACCUACGGACGAACUACAACACUCCACCAUCUGAUGAACACGUAGCAGGCAAAGCAAUCACAAUAUUGCAGCUCGCUCUUAGACAUUUUCCACGGUCGAAAGAAGUCCUCAGACCUAUUUUCCUGCAGCAUCUCCUCGAGGAUCAGGUUCUGCAAACCUUCGUGUGGGGAAAGGUGGGGGUCAAUUCCAAAGACUUUGUCUCAAAAACUGGAGAAACAUAG